CUUAUGUUUGUAUUUCCAGAGACACUUGGAAGCGUAACCCUGCCACAAAGUUCGUGUUCUCCUGGACGCUGCCUCAUGUCACCCGGCCCUGGCUGAGUCGUUACCUGGAGCGUGUCCUCCCGCCAUCGCUGCUCAUCUCGGACGACUACCAGGAGGAGAAUAAAAUCCUGGGUGUGCGCUGCCUGCAUCAUAUCAUUCUCAACGUGCCAGCUGCUGAUCUGUGCCAGUUCAACAGGGCUCAGGUUGUGUACCACGCCCUCUUCAACCACCUCUAUUCACGUGAGGCCCCUCUCAUCCAGGCAGUACUGCUCUGCCUGCUGGACUUGCUGCCAAUCCUGGAGAGAUCCCAGCGGCACCAGAAGCACGCCAGACCAACCGCCCCCUGCGAUGAGGUGCUGCAGCUGGUUCUGACCCACAUGGAGGCAGAGCAUCGCCUUGCGCUGCGGCGGGUGUACGCCAGGACGCUGCCUGCCUUUGUGCAGAGGCUUGGCAUCCUGAUAGCGCGGCACAUGAAGAGGCUGGAGCGGGUUAUCCUGGGGUACCUGGAAGUCUGUGACGGCCCUGAGGAAGAAGCCCGACUGGGAAUUCUGGAGACACUGCAAUGCACCAUAGAGCAUGCUUGGCCCAGAAUGCCGUGCAGGCUCCCCGUGCUCCUCAGAGCCCUGCUGAAGUUCAUCUGGGACGUACACACUGACCAGGGCUCAACACCGGAGCCGGUAAAAGCCACCUUGCUCCAAGGGGCCACCGAAUGCCUCAUCCUGCUGGAUCGCUGCUCUGAAGGGCAAGUGAAGGUCCUGCUGGAAGGCGUGUACAGCAGCUGUGAGGAGAGCCGCGUACGGGACUGCAUCAGAAAAGUGCAAGAGAACACGUGAGGCGUGGCUGAUCAGUGCUCACCCUGCUUUUUAUACAGUAAAUUUAUUUUAUUUAUUUAA